GGCGGGGGAGAUCCGGGUACCAGCCGGUGGUGCGGUCAUGGCUUGGGGCUUAGUGUGCGGGGUGGAAGCUCUGCUGGUGCGGAGCGGCAGUUUCGUAUGGCAGAUUCUUCUGUGGAUUAUCCGGAGGUUUUACCUGCAAAGGAUGAGGUCGUGCCAGCGGUGCAUACGAACCUGCUUCUACCUGGGUGACGUCUAUCAGAUGACAGAAGGACGACUUUGCCAGGUUCAGUUGCUGGAUGACAGAAAACUGGAGCUGUUGGUUCAGCCAAAGCUGUUGUCUCGUGAACUCUUGGAUUUGGUAUCAUCCCAUUUUAAUCUUAAAGAAAAGGAAUACUUUGGCUUCACCUAUUUGGAUGACACUGGUCAAUGUAAAUGGUUGCAGUUGGACCGCAGAGUACUGGAGCAUGACUUCUCUAAGAAAUCAGGACCCAUUUCUCUUCAGUUUUUGGUUAGGUUUUAUAUUGAAAGCAUUUCACUUUUGAAGGAGCACACAACGGUGGAGUUAUUCUUUCUGAAUGCCAAAACCGCCAUCUAUAACGGUGAUAUAGAGGUUGAGAGCGAGCUGGUUUUUAAAUUAGCUGCUCAUGCGUUACAGGAGUCUAAAGGAGAUUAUACAAGUGAUGAAAACACCAGAGCAGAUCUGAAGAAACUUCCAACACUGCCCACUAAAGUACUGAAAGAGCAUCCAUCACUAGCAUACUGUGAAGAGCGUGUUAUUGAGAACUACAAGCUGUUGAAAGGACUCUCUAGAGGACAGGCCAUUGUGCAGUAUUUGACCCUUGUGGAGUCCUUGCCGACUUAUGGAGUACACUAUUAUGAAGUCAAGGAUAAGCAAGGCAUUCCCUGGUGGCUGGGUAUCAGCUAUAAAGGCAUUGGGCAAUAUGACCAACAAGACAAAGUAAAGCCCCGAAAGCUCUUUCAGUGGAAACAGCUGGAGAAUUUAUACUUCAGAGAGAAGAAGUUUGCUGUGGAGGUAAAUGAUCCUCACAGGCGAGCAGUGACUAAACGUACAUUUGGCCAGACAGGACUGGUGAUCCACACCUGGUAUGCCAGUCACUCAUUGAUCAAAACCAUAUGGAUCAUGGCUAUCAGUCAACAUCAGUUCUACCUGAACAGAAAACAGACUAAAUCGAAAAUCACCACAGCCAGAAGUUUAGGAGAUAUCGCAGCCGAUCUGACGGAGAACGGAGCAUCAAAGAUGAACAAACUGAGUGCAGGAGUGAAAAAUCAACUCAUCAUGGCUAGUAAUGGCAGUCUGGUGUCAACAGGUUCAGCUGACUCAGAAAUGAACGAUGAUCAGAAGAAAGAGAAACUCGCUGAGCUGAGAAAGAAAGAGAGAGAAAUCCAGGAUAUGCUCGAUCAAAAACUCUCUGAACUGAAGGAAAUCUGUCUGCGAGAAGCUGAACUCACUGGCAAACUCCCAAAAGAAUAUCCUGUCUUAAAGGGCGAGACUCCUCCUCAUGUUCGGAAGAGAGUCGGGACGGCAUUCAAACUCGACGACCUUUUCCCAUAUAAUGAGGAUCCAUAUCUCAGAAAUCUGGAGAGUUGCUUUGCACUGCAGCGGAAAAUCGUGGAGGCAGCCAAGAAGCUCGCCGCUGACCCAGACAUCUCUAAAUUAGUGAGGAAGAAGAGGAGGAGGAACUGUCUGGAUGCCAUGCAAAAACUGCAGGGGAUUGAAGAUGAAAUGAAUCAGUACAGACUGAAGAAAGGACAAAAACCAACACAAAGAGCAUCUUUACUCAUAGCAGAUGAACUGUCACAGUCACAGUGCAGUCUUCAGCUGGAUGACGAAGCUGACAGCAGUCAGAGGCCGCGGUCUCGCUCCGUCCAGUGUUCACCGUGUCUCAGUCCUCCUUUGUCUUCUUCAGGAUUGGAGUAUGAAUCGGAUCGACGAUCUCCAGCCAGUGACACACCUAACAGAUUAGAUCAUGAGAUCCAAGGGGCCGGACUUUAUUAUCCUCACCGAGAGGUGUUUUCUGCCCAAAGCAGUCCAUGUAAAACUUUACCCAGAAUGGCGAUGGCUCCCCGCAGCUUACCGCAAACCCCCGUGAUGCCCCGUAGCGCUUACAGCAGCAGCCAGCUCAGGUCAGAAGGUCAUGUCCGUGGUUUCCGGCACCGCAGUGGCAGUUUGGAGUCUCAGGCGCAACUUACGCACUCUUGCUUAACAAAGUCUGUACUCCCGGUGUCUCCGUCUCGCCGUAGCAACAGCACCGAGGUUUUGGACGACUGCUCGUCGUAUUCCAGCAUGGACUACUUCCCCCCCUGCUCGGCUCCCUACCGCAUCCUGGACCACGAUAACCGGUUCCAUCGCAAAGUGGAGAUCUACGGCAAUACUGGCAGCAUGCCCAACCUGGUCCCUCAAAACUCCGGCUGUUACGGCUACCAGCAAAAUCACUACGGACCAAGCGCGUACUACGUGACGGGUUAUCCCAGCUUCGAAUACGAGCCCUGUUCUAACGGAGCUUACGUUUAUGAGAGCGAACUUGAAGGUCACUAUAACAUCAAUCCCUCUUACCCGACACACGGCUACCACGGGCGUAGCAGGAACAGGCAUUAUGGGAUCGAGGGGCUCGACAAUUUGUCCCAGAAUCCGUACGCCACCGUUAGGCCGCCAAGAGGGAGGCAGGGACCUCUAAAUGACGUAUUGACCAAGAACAUGUAUAAGGCUUUGGUGGCAGAGCACCUAAAGGGAUGGUACAACCGAAGCGCCGGCCAGCAAAAGGACCCUUCUGGAUAUCAGCUGGUUUAUACCUACAAGUAUGACCGAGGCUCGCAGCAUAGUCUGGGCUAUCAGACGCUGCCAGCACCCUUCAGUCACUCCAGCAGGACUAACUCCAUCUCCUCAGUCUCAUCUACUGCCAGCGCAGGGGGAAACUGGCAGAGUCAUUUAACCGUGGGCCUGACUGACAGUGAAUUUUUAGACGCUCCCUUGAGCACUUACAGCCCAUCACACAGCCGCAGUCCAACACACAGGUUGGCGGUAGAUUGUGCAGAAAACACAUCAGAGUCACCUGUGGAGGUCUUUACUACCGUAAACAACUGUUCUGAUGGAGAUCAUUAAAGAGCACACGACGACAGAGCACACAAUGGUAUUUUCCAGCUUCUGAAGGACCAAAUGACACAGAACGCAGACACAAUGGACUUAAAUGAUUGUGCCUUGGAAUGAGACGUCCUUCAGUUCCAGGUGACCUUCUGCGGCGGUGAUCAUAAAUGCACAGACGCGUGAGGCGUGGACACCUCGGUGUGGAGCAUAUCAGUGUUUAUAUUCAGUACUGUAGUGAGCACAGAGUAAAAGAAACCCACCAUAUGACAUUACACUGAAUGUGGAUUCAAACAAGAAACAUAACACACACACAUCAGCUUUUAGACUUGCCAUACGCAAAACAGGAAUAGAUUUGAACUCCAUUGCAACAACAGAAGGUAUAAAUAUUAUUAUGAGUGACUGACGAAAUGUUUGUUUUUUAUUGCAUUUAUUUGUAAUUUAUUGAGUCCAUGCAUUAAUGUGCAUUCUGAUUAUGCACCAUUAGAUAAGAAGCGAGUCUUUCCUUGCACAACAUCUGUGCUGUAAAACAAUAGCACUUGAUCGACGUUAAUUCACCAAAUAAAUGCAGAAUGUGGAGAAUUCGAGUAAUUUCAAGACUUUUAAUCUUCUUUAACAACAUAUCCACAUGCCAUGUUGGAAUACAAAAAUCUUUGAAAAAGAUCCCCUUUGUAUGUGUGAAACUUCUGUAUUGUCUGUAUUUGUGUCUUAGAUGCAUGAGAUGUUAAAGCACACAUUUAGCAAGUUGUUGAGUGUUUUUUAAUUGUGUAUGGUUUGAAUUUGAACUUUAACCCUUACAGGCCCAUCAUCAGAGACAGAUAACCAUGUUCAUACACGAGCAAGUAGUCUCUCAUUAUUCAAACAGGAUGUAAAUAAAAAAUCAGGUGUGUAAUAAAAUCAUCAUGACAUCACGCAUUACAUUCACACAGGUUGUGCUGCAGUUAGUUACACAUGAAAAGAUUGUGAGAUGACUUCUGGAUGAUUUGCACUGUGAUGAUGACUCCCUCGGGGACAGGGUGGAAAACUAAAUGCACAUAACCAUUAAAUCCUUCAUACCCUUG